AUGGUCGCCCCGGCUGUACCAGAGAUCACCGAGGAGGUCCUCCACGAGUCGAUUGACGCCAGAACCGAAUCCCUUAUUGCCUUGCGAGAGCUUGGGCCGCCCGACCUGGUGCAUCUCCUCAAACAAGGCGUGCGCAAUUCGGGAAAGCAGACUGGGAUCUACCACCACGUUACUGGCGUUGAUGCUUCCUCGUCCGCCAGCCUGGCCGCCUACAUCAACACGCUCACGUACAAGGAUAACGGCCCCGGUGCCACAUCGAAGAUAGUGGAGGGCGUGUACUGCUGCUACAAUGCGUUUUCCCGACUGGACAUGCGCGUGCACGUAUCAAUUCCCGGCACCGUUGAGAGCUAUUGCGUCGACGAGCGAGGCGAGAAGCGAAAGGCGUCAGAUGAGCUGUGGCUGGAGACAUAUCUCUGCAGCGUCUUAAGAGCAUACUCGUACGCGGAUGAUGGCAGUGGUGACACCAUUCGAAAGAUUAUGGGAGUACGGAGAUUUAACCCCGUGAUCAACACCGAGACGGAGCAACGCUUUCUCAAUGCGGCAGAACAGCUUUUCUUUAGAGGCUGGCAGCUUGGGUCCGAUUCUGUGGUUCAAGUUCCGACCAACGUUUCCAAUCACCUCACCACCGGGCUUCUCAGGUACCUUGAAACAACCGGCCGUUAUGCAUCGGGUAUCAACCUGUUCGAAAAGCUUCGCACACAGAGCAUCGAGGUUUCAUCACUCUUGUCCAAAGUCAUGUUCAUGGGUAACGAGGAGGUCUCUGGCGUUAAGAACUUGUAUCACUCAUUACAGGAGACGCCCAUGGACUAUGUCAUGCUCGAUACACAAGCCGAAUUUUUACUCAGGAAGGCACAGACUGCUGAAACGCCAGAGGCGAGAGAGGAAAGGUUGAGGAUGGCACUCGGCUGUGCAGACCGCAGCACCAUCGCCGCUCCAAGCGAGUUUGGCACAUGGGCACGACUAGCACAGGUCUACGUUGCUAUGGAAGACUGGGAAAAUGCGCUCACCACGUUAAAUUCGUGCCCAAUGUUUACGUAUCAGGACAAGGAUACUCCCAUAAUGCCUGAACCGAGGGACGUGUUUCUGCCGACGCUCCCCGAGACGCGACUUGACGAAAUUGACAGCGAACCAGAAUCCAGAUUUUCAGAACAAGUCGAGGCCAGCUUGCUGUGUCUUCGAGCUGCAGGCUACCGUGGCACUUUCAAGCAGGCAUACAGUAUUCUAACAGAAAUGACUGCCAAGAUUGGCUGGGAUCAGUUGCUAAAGAUUCGCAGCAAUGUGUUUGUCAUGGAGGAUGAGUAUCGAACGGAGAAACAGGAAGCAUCACAUUCCGCCCCCUCAAAACGAAACGCUAGCAUUGAAGGCCUCCGAGGUACUCCUGAUCCCAUGACGAAUGGCGAAACCGGACUGGAAGCUGAAGCUGCGAAACGUUCGCAAGAGGGAGAGACUGAAGAAGAGAGGGCGACCAACGGCGAGGCUGGGGGGGUCGAAAAGCCGCCACACGCCAUUGAUCCGAAAGAAGUCAAGACCGACUCGGGCAAUGGUACUCCGGAUGAGGAACAUUUGUCAAAACUCAACACCAAGCGCCUCUGUGAGAGAUGGCUGGACAGCCUGUUUAUGGUAUUGUAUGAGGACUUGCGUGUGUACACUAUCUGGCGGACGCAAAUGGCUCAAUAUCGGGCGCAGCAAAUGCAGUAUAAAAAGUCUGCGGAGGAGUGGGAGAUACUUGGAUCCCUUGCGGAACGUCUGCAACACUUUGACGAAGCUGUCGAGGCCUACCGAGCGUGUCUAUCCCUGCGAUUCAGCCCCAAGUCUCUUGCCGGUGUACUCAGGGCUUUUCAAAAGACGAAGAACACGAGGGACACCGUAGCGGCAGUCAUCAGGUUGGUGACAUGGCAGUACCGAUGGUAUAGCGAGUUCAGCCCUGAGCUGUUACACACUAUCCGCACUCUAAUCGAAGACGAGGGUGCGGUCAAGGUCAGGAGCAUCAUUCAGGCAACAAGUCUGCCUCAGACGGUGUUGGACUUGACGCACCACUACGCAGCAUUAUGCGCUACGUUUCGCAGCAGCGGCACCGAUGGCUAA